UCGUAAAAGUCCAUUGAACCUGACGCUAAAUUGAUUUUCGUUCGGGCAGGCCAGGCAAAAGUGAUUCACUUUAUUUAACACAUAAAAUACCAACUAUUUAUAAACCCGGAAAAAACUAUGCCAAAUCGAUCAAAUGAACGUUGCUUUGCCAUCGCCAUUUUGGCUUCUUGGAACUUAAUCAGCGGUUUUGGGUUCUACGCCUACAUUUUGGAUUGUUAUGCAAAUUAUCCGCUUAGUCACCAGAAAAGACAUUUCCAAUAUCACACCUUUCAAGGAACUAUUAACCAAGAUGUUUUCAUCGGAAUAACGUUCGUAAUGAUUGGCCUAAUAAUAUCUUCUAUAUUACUUCUUUUGGCAUUAAAUGAGUCGAAACGAAAUUGUUUAGUUUACGGAAUUUGUAUUAGCAUGCUUUUUCCGUGUGCCUGUCUUCCGGUUUGGCCUUUAGCUGUAACACAUGUCUCUCUCGUUUUAAUAGUCCUGAGCUACCACUUCGAGUAA